CUGAGCUGCAGGCACUAAUACGACUUCAAAACAAAUCAGACACUGAACAAGACGCAUCUCUUAAUAAAGUGGUGGUUUCUGGACUUCUUUAGGCUGCCGGCGGUACCAAAGGACGCUGGGGAAGCUACAAAAGCAAAGGAGGAAAGAAAAAGGAAGGACGAAGUAGGAAAGAUGAAGAAAUCCUGGCUAAGGAAGAUUUUUCCUAUAGGUGAUGUGAGGCCGACAGAAACUCACACUGUGAGUUUGGAGAUGAAACUCCUCUGCAGGAGUUCGAAAGUGGAAAAGACAGGAGUGCAGGAGGAGAGCCAGGCAGUGGUGGAGGAGGAAGAGAGCCAGGCAAUGGUGGAGGAGUGCAAGGAAAUGAAGGAGAAAUGCAAGGCAAUGGUGGAGGCGAGCAAGGCAGUGGUGGAGGAGGAAGGGAGCAAGGCAAUGGUGGAAGAGGAAGGGAGCCAGGCAAUGGUGGAGGAGUGCAAGGAAAUGAAGGAGAAAUGCAAGGCAAUGGUGGAGGCGAGCAAGGCAGUGGUGGAGGAGGAAGGGAGCAAGGCAAUGGUGGAAGAGGAAGAGAGCCAGGCAAUGGUGGAGGAGUGCAAGGAAAUGGAGAAGUGCAAGGCGAUGGUGGAGGAGAGCAAGGCAAUGGAGGAGGAGAGCAAGGCAAUGGAGGAGGAGGAAGAGAGCCAGGCAAUGGUGGAAGAGUGCAAGGAAAUGAAGGAGAAGUGCAAGGCGAUGGUGGAGGAGAGCAAGGCAAUGGUGGAGGAGAGCAAGGCAAUGGUGGAGGCGAGCAAGGCAAUGGUGGAGGCGAGCAAGGCAAUGGUGGAGGAGGAAGAGAGCCAGGCAGUGGUGGAGGAGGAAGGGAGCCAGGCAAUGGUGGAGGAGGAAGGGAGCCAGGCAAUGGUGGAGGAGGAAGGGAGCCAGGCAAUGGUGGAGGAGUGCAAGGAAAUGGUGGAGGAGUGCAAGGAAAUAAAGGACAAGUGCAAGGCAAUAGUGGAGGAGAGCAAGGCAAUGGUGGAGGAGAGCAAGGCAAUGGUGGAGGAGUGCAAGGGAUUGGUGGAGGAGAGCAAGGGAUUGGUGGAGGAGUGCAAGGCAAGAUGAGGAAGAUAGUAGUGGAUGAGAACA